AUGGAGCAACAAGUUCACAAACCCCACCGGAAAUCGAAGGAGAAGAAGCCGGCGAAGCACACUGGAGACAAGAAUCCCAAGGCCUUUGCCUUUGCCAACCCUGGCAGACUUGCCCGUACAGCCGCCAGAUCACAGGAUAUCAAAGAGAAGCGCCUCCAUGUGCCCCUCGUCGACCGAUUGCCUGAUGAGGCACCGCCUCGCCUCGUCGCCAUUGUCGGGCCUCCUGGCGUCGGAAAGACGACUCUCCUCAAGUCCUUGAUCCGCCGAUACGCGAAGGAAACGAUCACCGACCCCCAAGGCCCCAUCACGGUAGUCACCUCGAAAAAGCAGCGCCUCACCUUCCUCGAGUGUCCCAAUGAGCUGGAAGCCAUGGUCGACGUCGCCAAGAUCGCGGACAUUGUCCUUCUCAUGAUCGAUGGCAACUACGGUUUCGAGAUGGAGACGAUGGAGUUCCUCAACAUCCUUGCCGCCACCGGUAUGCCUGGCAACGUCUUCGGCAUCCUUACACAUCUUGAUCUGUUCCGGAAGCCCCAAGCGCUCAAGGACGCAAAGAAGAGGCUCAAGCGCAGGUUAUGGACCGAGCUGUAUCAGGGCGCACAUCUCUUCUAUCUCUCCGGUGUGCUGAACGGCCGCUACCCCGACCGCGAGAUCCACAACCUCUCUCGUUUCCUCUCCGUCAUGAAGAAUCCUCGCCCUCUGAUUUGGAGAAACUCCCACCCAUAUUCUAUCGUCGAUAGCUUCCGGGACAUCACCCAUCCUACCAAGAUCGAGGAAGACCCCAAGUGCGAUCGAUCCAUCGUCUUAUCGGGCUACCUCCGCGGAACCAAUUUCUCUACCCAGGGCCAAAGAAUCCACGUGCCUGGACUUGGUGACUUCACGGUUGCUAGCAUGGAGGUCCUCCCUGACCCAUGUCCAACCCCGGCGAUGGAUCAGGCUAUCGCAAAACUCACAGGAAAGACGGGUCGCCGUCGACUAGACGAGAAGGAGAAGAAGCUGCAUGCACCCAUGUCCGAUCGAAGUGGGUUGAAGAUUGACGGAGAUGCAAUCUGGAUCACUCGAGAGAAGGGUUUCGCAUUCAACAAGGAUGAUGAGGACGUUGAGCGUGGUGAGGGAGAGGAGAUGAUUGUAAAUCUUCAAGCCGAGCGAAAGCUCCUUGGCCAAAUGGACAAGGGAGUUCAGCUUUUCGAGGGUGGCGAACAGAUCAAAGACGUUGCUGAAGAAGAUGAUACGGGAAGAAAAUCACAUCGAACGGCAAGAGUGGCUGAUCAAGGCGACUUGGAUGAUGACGCUGCCUCGAUAGGCGACAGCAGUGACGACGAAGAUCAAGGCUCCGAUGCUGAAUUCGAUGAAGGGAAGCUGGGCAAAAUGUUCCGCAAGGGAGAAGACCAAGAAAACGGAGAGGGCGACGUAGCUUUUGCCGACAGCGACUCCGAUUUGGGCUCAAUAUCAGGCGAGGACGACGAGGACGAAGAGGAUUUCGAUUCAGAUGAGGAAGACGCUGCUCUGAGAUGGAAAGAUGACCUUCACGGCAAGGCCAUGAAACUCCAUGGUCGGAGACGGUCCUACUACACAAAAGACCUGGCGAGAUACAUGUACGACGACUCCCUCAGCCCCUCAGAAGCAUUGAAGAGGUGGAGAGGCGAGGAGGACGAAGAGGAAGAUAUUGAGGAGGACAUCGAAGCAUCCGAUGACGAGGACUUCUUCAAGAAGACAAAUCAAGAAAAGGAAGAUACAGCCGAGGACAGGUUGAUCCCCUCCUAUGACUACGAAGACCUCGCUACCAAGUGGGCAAUCAGGGACAACGUCCUAGCACUACAACGCAGGUUCGCAACCGGCGGCUUCGGCGGAGGCGACGAAGACGGCGAUGAUGACGGUGACAAUGAUGACAUGGAUGGAUUUGGGGACGACGACGAGGAUGACGAGGGCGAUGGUGUCUUUGAAGACCUCGAGGCCGAGCAACCAACAGAGCCUCAGCAGCAGACCGCAGAAGAGAUCGAAGCCGAGCGCAAGAAGAACGCGGCAAGGAAGGAGGAACUGAAGCAGCGCUUCGAAGAAGAAGACAGAGACGGAUUCCUCAACGACAAGGCCAACGCCCGACGCGACGGCGGCGACAUCCAAGAGUUUGGAGAGGACGAAUGGUACGACGCCCAAAAGGCCGUCAUCCAGAAGCAGCUCGACAUCAACAAGGAGGAGUUCGACAACCUGGACGAGCGCCAGCGCGAGGCCGUCGAGGGCUACCGCGCAGGCAAGUACGCCAAGAUCGUCCUCGAGAACGUCCCCGCCGAGUUCGUUACCAGGUUCAGCUCGCGGACCCCCAUCAUCGUCGGCGGCCUGUCUGCCACCGAGGACCGCUUCGGCUUCGUCCAGGUCCGCAUCAAGCGCCACCGCUGGCACAAGAGGAUCCUCAAGACCAACGAUCCCCUCAUCUUCUCCCUGGGCUGGCGCCGCUUCCAGACCAUGCCCAUCUACAGCCUGUCGGACUCGCGCACCCGCAGCCGCAUGCUCAAGUACACCCCCGAGCACAUGCACUGCUUCGGCACCAUCUAUGCGCCCCUCAUCGCCCCCAACACGGGCUUCGUCUGCUUCAACUCCCUCGCCCCCUCCACCGCCGGCUUCCGCAUCGCCGCCACGGGCACCGUCCUCAGCGUCGACGAGUCCACCGAGAUCGUCAAGAAGCUCAAGCUCACCGGCCACCCCUACAAGAUCUUCAAGAACACCGCCUUCAUCAAGAACAUGUUCUCCUCGUCCCUCGAGAUCGCCAAGUUCGAGGGCGCCUCCAUCAAGACCGUGUCCGGCAUCCGCGGCCAGAUCAAGCGCGCCCUCUCCAAACCCGACGGCCACUUCCGCGCCACCUUCGAGGACAAGAUCCUCCUCAGCGACAUCGUCUUCCUCCGCGCCUGGUACCCCGUCCGGCCCCACCGCUUCUACAACCCCGUCAACAACCUCCUCGGCUGGCAGGCCAUGCGCCUCACGGGCCAGGUCCGCCGCGACGAGGGGGUCGAGACCCCGCAGCUCAAGAACAGCCAGUACCGCAAGAUCGAGCGCGAGAACCGCCACUUCAACCCGCUCCGCGUGCCCCGCGCCCUCGCCGCCGAGCUGCCCUUCAAGUCCCAGAUCGUCGAGACCAAGCGGCAGAAGAAGGCCACCUACAUGGACAAGCGCGCCGUCGUCACCAACGACCGCGAGGAGAAGAAGGCCCGCAGCUUCAUGCAGGAGCUCCUCACCAUCCGCAACGACGCCGCCGCCAAGCGCAAGGUGAAGAAGGCCGAGAACCACGCCGCCUUCAAGAAGAAGAUGGCUGCGAAUGAGGAGAAGAAGGCUGCGAGGGAGAAGAGAGAGACAAAGGAAUUCUGGCAGAAGAACGGAAGGAAACGAGGUCAAGGCGAGGAUGGUGGUGGCGGUGGUAAGAGAAGGAGGUAA